CACUCUUAUAUUCAUUACAGAUUGGAUUACUAACGCCAGGUGAUCUACAUUGAAGGGUUCUUGUGUUACUGAGAGGGGGAGGAUGUCGGAUUGGGGGCCGGUUUUUGUGUCGGUAAUGCUGUUCCUCCUGCUAACACCGGGGCUGCUCAUUCAGAUUCCGGGAAGAUCGCGUUAUGUAGAGUUUGGCACUUUUCAUAGCAGUGGGGUGUCCAUCCUGGUGCAUUCCAUUAUUUAUUUUGCACUCAUGUGUAUCUUCCUCAUUGCUAUUGGUGUGCAUAUGUAUGUUGGAUCGUAG